AAGAGAAUAACACACCUAGAUAUUGUCCACAACCCUUAUCAUUGUUUAUACACCUCUCACCUCUCUAUAUAACCAACUUCAUUUCCAUCAUCUCAUCAUUCCUCAUACUUGCAAUCACACACAAUCUAACACAACCCUUCAACUCUUUAUCUCCAACACAGCCUUGAGAAAACAUACAAGUUCUCGUAUCACACAAAUUUUAAAGACUUUCUACAUAAACCAAAGAAUUAGCUAGUAAUGGAGCAAGAAAGCCAUGUUAUGAAAGCAACUGAGCUCAGGUUAGGGUUACCAGGAUCCGAUGAGCCCGUGAAGAAGAGUAACAACAAGCGAGCUUCAUCAGAGAUGAAUAAUAAUUUGUCGAAUGCUGAAAAGGAAGAUCAUCAAGAAUCACCUGUCCCCCCAACCAAGACACAAGUCGUUGGUUGGCCACCAGUCAGAGCUUACCGCAAAAAUGUUUUGCGACAAAAGAAGACGGAGGCAGAUAGCAGCGGGAUGUAUGUUAAAGUGAGCAUGGAUGGAGCUCCGUUCCUCAGAAAGAUCGAUCUUAAGGUGUACAACAACUACACUGAGCUCUUAAAAGCCUUCGAAAACAUGUUCAAGUGCACUAUAGGUGUGUAUUGUGAAAAAGAAGGAUAUAAUGGAUCUGAGGAUGCCCUAACUUACGAAGAUAAAGACGGGGACUGGAUGCUAGCAGGAGAUGUUCCAUGGGAGAUGUUUAUUGGUUCCUGCAGAAGGAUGAGGAUUAUGAAAGCCUCCGAAGCUAAAGGAUUGGGAUGUCUGUAAUGUAACUUGCAUACACGCAACUAUACACACACUCCUGAGCCUGGGUUCUUCAAGAAUAUCGAUGCUAAAAGAGUAUACAUUCCACCCAACUCGAAGCUGGUUGUUUUUUUGGUCACGAACCAGUAAAUCAUGUUCUGAAAAGUACAUGACAUACUCCCAGAAACAGAGGCAAUUGUUUGAGACUUUGUAAAAAUUAUCUUGCGAGUCUUUUCUUUUGGGCGUUUGCCCCUUAAGAUGUAAUUAUGUUCGGCUUUUCCAUGGAAAUACAGUAUGUUUACUGCAA